UUUCUGUGGGUUUGUGUUGUUUUUAUAUUCUCCCAGGUGUCUCAUUAAAAAUGCAUUAAAAUGAGACAAUUAGCUGCUGCUGAGAAUUUACAGUGCUGCUGCAUCAAAGUACUUUGGAGUACUUCAGAAAUACUGAGCUGAGUAAUUGUACCUGUCUCUACUGUGUGCCACAAAGACAACGGACAAAGGUGAGGGUCCUGGGAAGAUACAGUCUUUAACAAGCUCAGAAGCGUGUCGCAGUGAGUCCUACCAUCAUCUUCCAGUAGUUCAUAAAACAUGAUUGCUGACAGAAGCUGAUCAGAAUUGAGGACUGUUAUGAUUAGUUCUUAGCCACUGAUAAGACCUUCAGAAAUCAAUAUGAAAACACUUGCAGAGGGGCACACAUGCAAAAGGUAUGCUGAAACAGACAAAGCCUGAAGACAGUUACCCUGGAAUAUCUGAGGAACAAGUUGAAGUCAGCUCUGAACCAUCUACCUUUAAUAACCAGUGAAGGACAGAAAAUGUAACAGAGGUCGGAGAAGAACAAAUUUACUGUUCCUCCUCUUUUUGACAAAGCUCAUCCUUGGAAGUCAUACGCUCAACAGCUUAACACCUGGAAAGAUGUUAGAAAAUAAGUCAGGGAGAGACAGGUGAAAAAUACUGAUGUGUAGAACUGCGGGGAGGAGAAGGCCUUCAUACUCCGGCUGGAAGGUCCAUGAAGUAUAAGAAAAACAAGGAUGUUGUCAAUAAGGAAGGCAUGCCCCAAACGCUGAGUUCUACCAGUAUGUUUACCCCAUGUAGCUUCAGCCCUCAUCUACAUACUUCUAAAGAAGAUGAACAAGGAGGACUUAUCUUCCAGGAUGGAAACCUUACCUCAGCAUCUCUGGAUGCUCUAAUCCAGCAUCUCAUACCUACCACUGAUUACUACCCUGAGAAAGCCUAUAUCUUUACAUUCCUGCUGAGUUCCAGACUCUUCAUUGAACCCCACGAGCUUUUGUCCCGUGUUUGUCACAAGUGCAUUGAGCAGCAGCGACUGGACGACCCUGUGCUGGACAAGGCACGGAUCAGAAAAUUUGGACCCAAAAUCUUACAGUUGCUGACGGAGUGGACAGAAACAUUCCCGUAUGACUUUCAGGAAGAGCGGAUGAUCGGCCAUCUGAAAGACAUGAUUCACAGGAUAGCCCCGUGCGAUGAGGCCUACUGGAAAAAGAUGAAUCAGCUUUUGCAGACCCUGAAUCAGAAGCUCGCCACCCUCAGCCACGGGCAAGAAGGGAUUGUCAAGAUCAAUGCUGCUGUCUCUGAUAAGCUGGUUGCCUUUAAAAGUAAACCUCCGUCAAUUCAGAGAGAAAUCCUGAGCGUCUGCAGUGACCCUUACACUCUGGCUCAGCAGCUGACACACGUGGAGCUGGAAAGGCUAAGUCACAUCGGACCUGAGGAGUUUGUGCAGGCAUUCGUACACAAGGACCCUCUGGAUGGCACCAAGCCUUGUUUCAGUGACCAGAAGACCAGUAACCUUGAGGCCUAUGUGAAAUGGUUCAAUAGGCUCUGCUACCUCGUAGCAACAGAAAUUUGCAUGCCUGCAAAAAAGAAACAGCGAGCACAAGUCAUUGAAUUCUUCAUUGAUGUUGCCCGAGAGUGCUUUAACAUAGGGAAUUUUAAUUCACUGAUGGCAAUCAUUUCUGGAAUGAACAUGAGUCCUGUUUCCAGGUUAAAGAAGACUUGGUCAAAAGUAAAAACAGCCAAAUUUUUCAUUCUUGAACACCAGAUGGAUCCUACUGGUAACUUCUAUAACUACAGAACAGCAUUGCGGGGGGCUGCUCACAGGUCCCUCACUGCACACAGCAAUAGGGAGAAGAUUGUGAUCCCCUUCUUCAGCCUAUUGAUCAAAGACAUUUAUUUUUUGAAUGAAGGAUGUGCUAAUCGCCUUCCAAACGGACACGUCAACUUUGAAAAAUUCCUGGAACUGGCUAAGCAAGUAGGAGAAUUUAUAACGUGGAAACAAGUGGAAUGUCCCUUUGAACAAGACGCUAACAUAAUCCACUACCUGCACACUGCUCCCAUUUUUACUGAAGAUGGUUUAUAUCUGGCUUCUUAUGAAAGUGAAAGUCCAGAAAACCAGACAGAAAAAGACAGGUGGAAAUCCUUAAGAUCCACUAUUUUAGGAAAGACUUGAAGAUUAAGAGAUUAUUGCAGUAGGUCAAAGAAAAGAAAUCCGCAAACAUUUUGCACUACUGAUUCCAAAGAUGCCUGUUUGGGAUUUAGACAAAUUCUUUUGUUUGAGUUUUUUGUUGGCUUUUUUUUUUCUUUUUUUUUUUUUUUUUGACUGCCUAACGUGAUGGAUGAACUGGAUUCAUCCACUGAAAUCAACAGAACUGUGCACAAGGACGCUUUUCUAACUCUGAGACAGAGAGGAAGGACAAACAGACUAUUUGUGGCUGUGCCCAAACUGCGUCAGGAUCACUGUAACUUUUGCCUCUGAAGGAAAAUAUAAGAGAAUCAGGAGCAUGGAGAACCAUGGUACCGCAAAAGAGAAUGGAAAAAGUGUAAAAAAGAAAAAAAAAAUAGACAUGAAUAUUUCAGAAGCAGGUGCUUCAGACAGCAGCUCUUUAAACCCUCUGAGGAUUAUAAAAUGAAAUCAGACACAGCAGCAAUCUGGUUAAUUGCUGAAUGAAGAAAGAAGAACUUAAUCGUACGUUAGCAGUCCUCCAGCCUUGUUGAACAAAGCACUGACUGCAACAGGUAGAAGCUUCCCAUGGAUGAAAUGACAUCACUCGCUCACGUGUAUUCGUGUAUGUCACAUACAAAUCACAUCAACGUGGGAGAGCUGUGCAAAUCCCAUGAAUUUUUACAGAGAACAAUCCGAAGUUUGACUAUUGCUUAGUUACUAUGCCUGCCACUGUUGUUGUUUUUCUUACUGUGAAUCUUGGCAGAUGUGAGGAGGUUGGAGAGUGUAUACGGUAUUCCUUAAAGACCCCCUACACCCAGCGUUUAAAGCUGAACUGAAGAAGCUGGACUCAGUUUACCUCUAUUUAAUGUGUGUGGCCUAUUCCCUAAUCUUGUGCCUGCUGAGGUGCAUCCUUUAGAGGGCUUUAUCACGCUUAAAGAAAAAAGAUUCUGCAUUAUUAUUUGAAAAAAUCUACCAGGUUCCAAUUAACACAGUGCUGUUUAUUUUACAAUGCGAUGCUAAGAGGAUAAGAAGGAAGAAGUAAUUGCUCUAUAAGACAAAGGGUAAUUUCUUUAAAAAGACAGAGUUUCAGACUAGAACAAAUGCACUCAAGUACAAAAUUUGUCAUUCGUUAGCAGAUAACCACUUCCUUCUUUAGUUUUUAGGUUCUAAACAGUAUCUACCACUUCCUUACAGGUCAUAGCAAGCAGGAACUACGUCUUCUUUUUAAACUUGUACAAUGAUCAUGGUGCUACUUUAACAUAUAUAAUAAGUGAUAAUGAACUAUGUGGAUAGUAGAGUCAAAAGCCCAAACAGUUUGUGUGUGGAAGGACUGUGUGUAUGUGGAAGGGCUGUUCCCACUUGCCCCCCCAAAAAACCUCAAAAAGCUUCGCUGAAACCUAAAUGCCAUGUUAUACUUCGCUUUAUUACUGACUUGAUGCUGACCUUUCUGAUAUUCCACUCUGUCUAUAAUAGGAGGACAUCAAACUUUCUUUAAAAUUAUUAACUGCUUUAUUUCAAUUUAGAGCGAUUCCAAAUGGCUGUAGGAUUUGGAAAACUGAAACUAAUCCUAAAAGCUGGCUAUACUGGCCAGUGCAUUUAGACUGUGCACUUACAUCUGCAUGAAGCAGAGCGUCGAUUCUCCUCUUCGUUUAUCUAUCAGCACACAUGUUCAAGCAGGGGGAACAUAAAAAUGUCGUGUCUGUACUCAAGCUCUGGAUGGAAGAACUAAGUGUGAGGAUGGGAUGGCAUCCUUCCAGCCAGGGAGCAAUUAUUCCGGUGAUACUGUUGAUAUACUGUUUGUUAAUUUUUGUACAUGAGCUGAGAGCUAUACAGGGAAACAUACACACGUAGCCACUGCUUCAAGCAGAACCAUUUCCAAAAUGAUGCCAUUAAAAAAUUGUUUAAUUCCAACCAAAUCCAGAGCAAUAACCAUAAACAUAUCCAUAAACAAUGGUAAUGCUCACAUGUGUUUGCUAAAUGAUCUUUUUUUUUUUCUUCUAAUGUCUGCAUCUUUUUAAUAGGCACAGCGUGACUUCAUGGUGGAACAGGUUUUUUAGUUAUCUGAAAGCCACUGUGGGUGGAUGGGCCCUUCCCUAAAAACCUCUUGUUAAAGUGCAAAUUCUCACUCCUUUUCCAAUGAUCAAUAGAGGCCGGUACAGCUGAGGUGAUAACACCCCGAAGAUGAAAUUUUGAUCUCUUUUGAUAUUUUAUAUUCUCGGGUACCUUCCAUGAAGUCAGGCAAUUUUGUAAGUACGAGUUAAAAUUUGGUCUCAUAGCAUUUAUCACUGCUGCAAACUAAAUUACAUUCACAGUCCAAAAUCUUCAAGCCCCAAUACUUAAAAUGGAAGCAUUGAAGUUAGAUUUAGGGAGGUUUUAAGGGCUUAGUGGGACUUUCAGAAGCACCAGAUCAUCUUUAAGCCUUUAUAUAAUCCCACAUUUAAAAGGGUUUUUUUCAAAGGUGCUAAACAUCCUCAUCUCUCAGUGGAUACUGAAGCAAUUACUGCUUUAUAGAGGUGCAUGGCAUAUUGAUGCCAGUACACUGAACUGUAUAUGAUCUACAGAAAUGCUGCUUGCACCUCACAAAAUAACUAAGGCAUGGAGUCAUUAGACUAACAUGAAGUUACUGUUAGUUAUGCCAUGGCUUUCUCAUUCCAGUGUUUUGGGUGAAUUUGCCUCCCUGACAACUGCAUCAACUAACGCUACACAGAGAGCAGAGCAAAACUAGAGCUGUAGGUCUUAGUGGGUCUUUCAGAAGCACCAGAUCAUCUUAGGGUGUGUUAGCACACCCCCUAAGCCAGCAAGAUGUGAAUACGAGAUACAGUCUUUCAGAAGCAUUAACUUAGCUUCUGCCUACCCAUCAAUAUUUUAAAAGACAUAACUAUAUUAAAUCACUUCUGCACUUCCUCUUGUGCGAUCAAAGUGGUAGCACGAGUCCUGUUUUUCAUUUUUUGAGAGUGCCAUUCUGCAACACAGGGCUAGAUGCAAAGCCCAUCAAAACACAACGAGUUGUGUGCCUUCAGCUUGUGUUGAAGUCAGUAGAGGAGCUUGCUCAGUGCCUUCCAGAACAGAGUUAAUCAUACAGUCUUGCCCUCAAUUUCACAUCAGCAUCGAUCACAUUACCUCAUUAAAAUUGGACUGAUAAUUAAACAUAGUCUCCUAGCUGUGACUGAAUUUGGAAGGUAAAAAACUCUUGGAGUCUCACCCAGAAGAACCCCACGCACCUGCUAGACAGGGGCAGUCCUGCUGUACAGCUGGUGGGAACUGCCUUUGUGGAUAGAGGACAUGCAGGUCUGGAAGCAAGUCAUGGUCUCAGCUGUGCUGGGAUCAAUACGGUGCAGACACAGCUGCUAAGGCACUUCAAAUUAGAAUCAGCUCAAGCACAGAGAUCUUUUCCUCAUCUUGAAAAUAUGUUAUGAUGUGGUCAGUGGCGAUAAGAUAAUCACCCACUUACAAUCAAGCCGGUCCAUCACUGAUGCUUUGGUUAGCUUAUCAUGUUUUAUUGCAAUAGUUUAUGCACCUUUUCUUAAAGCACAUGAGCACUGGUUUGCACGCUGGUAAAUCCAGUUUAGAACAGAGUUCAGAUUACUGAAUAUGUAGUUGGAGUUAUCAAAAAGAUAUGUUGAUAGAAACAAUACUGUUAUGCGUGUCAGUGUAAAAAUGUUACACAGUUAGCAGUAUCUGGCCUAAUAAUGACUAUGUUUUAUGGAGAGAGACCAAACCCAAGCUCAGUGAUGUGCCAGGGGAUUGGCACAACUGAUUUUGAUGGGUUUUCGAGCAGUCCUGCAACUGUAACUGUAGCACUGCUCGAGGUUAUUCAUAGGGAUUAAAUUGCACUGGCAACUUGAAUAGUCCUCGGCCUUUUGUUAGGGCCAGUUGCAACUCUCAGAUGUGCAGGUGCACUUAAUAGGGUGAAAAUCCAACCUUGGCAGAAGUCUUUUCUGACGUUGCUGAAGUUUCAGAAGCAAAUUCAAGGACUGAAUUUGAUCUGGUGAAUUAAUUCACAUCUGAGAGCAGAAUUUGGCCUUCUGGCUUUGAAACCUUUUUUCUUUUUAAAGUGGUAGAAAUCAGCCUUACUGUCUCAGGAGCGUAUUUCAUCAGAAAUUAAAAGCCCUUUGAUUGUAAACUGAGUAUUUCAUUGUUGUAACUGCAGAAUAGGAUUAGGAAGAGGCAACGGAGCAUGGCAGAGCUCCCUGCUCCUUUCUCAAAGGCUCAACUGUGGGCCAAAAACUUUCUUUUCUUUUUUCUUUGUUAACGUUAUCUGAUAAGUGAAAUUACCUCAGUAUUUCGUGCAGGGCAUUACUGAAUUGUGUCUGGGGAACAGCAUCGACGUAUCUGGUAUCCAUACAGCAGUGCAUACACUAAUGGGCGUGCAGCAGUGAUAGAUGUUCCAGUACAAACUGUCAUGCAAAUUCCUAUCUGAGUCCUUAGGUUUGUGGAGCCGGGACACAAUGCUUUUGAAAGGUAGGACGUUCCUGGAAGUUUACCUGAGGCAAAACAUAUUUCAUCCUCCAUCCAACAGAGUAAUUACAAGAAAAUUCUUGGAACUAAAAGUUCCUCUAGAGGACUAGAAACAGUGGAGAAUUUGUUACUUCAUUGACAGAGAUUUUAAGAUCCACGCAGCAUGGUAAAAUAAGCACUAAAAAAAUUAUGAGUAAUACCUUGACGGUUGUUAACUUUUAUAUUUCACAGCAUGGCAGCAGAGUGGAAAAAGAUAACUGUGCAUGUGCUAUUCCUAUUAAUAUCAGUGGCAGCUGGGCAGGCCAGGGCAGGAGAGAAUACAGUGAGAUAUAGUGAUGCAUGCAGCAAGCUGUACCCAUACUUUUAUUUUAACAUUGGCUGUGUUGGAAAGAAAGCACACUGCCUUGGAGUGUGUCCCUUUCUCUGCAAUCACCGUUAGCUGCUCUGUGGUCCCCAAGCUGAGCAGGGAGGCAGCAAACAAGUUACCUUUUUUCUGUGGAACAGAUCGGGGGGCAAGUCUGUUUUGUAUUUAUUUCUUUUACAGUUCUUUUUGCAUAUUUUCAGAUAUGCAGAAAAUAUCAGCUACACUGUUAAUGCGCACAGGAGACAUCACAUUCUGCAUUUUUGUACUAUGCAAGAUGUAUAUUAGAAGUUAAUAGCUUGUACGGGUGGCAUUUCGUACCCUCUGCAGAGGUGCAAGACACUGAAACUCAGGCUAUAACCUCGGUUACAGAAAAAAGCUAACUAUGGAUAACUUGUCUAGAUCCCUUGCCUUGCACUGUGGCCGAACUCAGACUGUAACGCUGUACAUUCGGAGUGGCGUGGACUGCCAUCUCUCCCCUUGAUGCCUUUCCCUCCGCAGAAUUGGCAUUUUGCUCUAUAAACAGCUCUUGCAGAAUGCCAUGGGAAUAUUUUUCUAGUUCUCUGCCGUACAUGGACUCUGCACUCAUAUGCCAGAGCUGUCACUGUAGGAUUCCCUUCUCCCUUCCUUCCUGCAGUGGAAGUACCAGCCCAGACUAAUACUGCAGUGCAGCAGCGCUCCCAGGCCUUCCUGAAUGCAGAAGACUUCGAGUUCAGAACUCACAGGUCCUGUAAGUUAAAUACCUGUACAGUAAACUUCAUUCUAAAAUGUGCACAGCCUAUUUAAUGGACUUCUGACCAGAAAAUCCCAGAGCCCAGCCACCUUUCAGAGAAGUGCAACUUCCUCAGUGAAUUGUAACUGGUCAGUACUGCACCAUUGCCUUCAUUAUUUAAUUAAGCUUCUAAAAUCCCAGUCUUUGGGGGACAACUAAGUGUGUGAUCGUUUCCUGAUGUUUGGCAUAGGAGUAAACAGAGUUGAGAAAAUGGGGGCUAUAGUCUAGACAGCUGACAUGAGAUGUAUUUUCAUAACAGCCCAAGCUGGGUUAUUGCUUAUAGCGUGUCCUCACCUUGAAGAAGGAAUUGUUCCAGUAAAAUCCUCCUGACUCUUAAAGCUUUGUGAAAGAUACAAGCACACAGCUAUUAAAUGUAAGUGUUUCAAGAUACGAUUCUUAUCAACAGGCAAGUACUUCCCGUAGGAGUCAGCCUGUAAAAUGAAAUAAAACUGCCAGUACGCAACACAGAUGGAAAAUAAAUUGGCCUCCGUGUUUCAGAACUCUUGACUUUUAGCAAGUAUUCAUCAGUAUAUGAAGGCAGGAAAUCAGAAUUUAGUUUAUGUUUUCACUUUCAGCAAGUUCUGUGAAAUGUGAUGGUACCAGCAAUCUUAAACCUAUACUCUAAGAACAUAUUAUUCCAAAACAUUUAUUCACAGUCCUAAAAAUGAGUAAGCAGAACUGUCCUUAUAUUCAGAUUGAGAAAUUAAAAGAUGUGUCUAUGGUCACUUGGAAAACAUGUGCUUUCCAAAAAUUACCCCAAAUUGUUCAUAGCUUUUACGUUUCAUCUAUUAUAAUUCCUUUUUACAACUGUGCUUAGAAAAAGAAAUGGAAAUAAAUUAGUUUUUAAGGAAGAAUAAGCUAGGAAAUAAAGGAAAUAUGGAUUAAAAGACUGGAAGGUCCUGAUUGUGUGAACAGUAGUAAUGAGGGGCUGUGCUUUUUCUAUAUCUUUUUCUUUAAAUUGAGCUAUUUCAUUUUCAGGCCGAAAUGAAAUCCCUUUACCCUCCACAAUACGCAAACCAUGUAGAUUUGUUAGAAGUCCUCAAAGCAAUUCCCAACACUUAAUUAACUGCGCAGGCAGAAAACAGUAAGGUUACUUGAAAGUGGCUGUUAUGAUUUCGUGACUGUACAUAGAUAUUGCAAAAUGUUAAUGGUAAUAUGCAUACUGUACCCCCAUCAACACUGCAAGAAUAGCAUGGUCAUUGUUACGCUUUAUAGCUGUUGUGGAAAAUGUCUUAACCUGCAUUCAUGAUUAUAGUGCCAAUCCUACUCCCAUGCCUUUUUAUACAGUUGUGGUAAGAUUGUUAUGAAAUCCUUUUGUCAGUCAUGUUCAAGCUAACUUACCUGUGUAUAGAAUUUAUAUAUUAAAACCCCCUAAUUUAUACUGUGUUUUAACAGUUUGCCUGAACUGUCUAUGGUUUCUAAAUUUUGUAAUGUGAGUGUCAAAUAAGAAUAAUAAAAAAAAAAAAAAAUUGGC